GUUUCCUUCAAGUAGAGAAUGGAGUGUGUGAGUGUCGCAAUUUGAACUACACUUACUGGUACCUCUGCUGCUACAUACAAAACUGGCCACAUCGCCGCCACCUGUAAAGUUUUAGUAAUGGACGAAUGUUAAUCGCAGCAGCCUGCGCAUUGAACACUGAUCCCACAUGUCAAGAAGACGCUAGGCGACUGCGCGUGUUGUCUGUCACGCGGAGUUAAACAAAUAAGGGAAAAUAUUACUUUCCCGUUUACAAAUACAUUUGUGAGAGGCUGAAGAAGAGGCUAAAGAAAGAAUGGUUAUGAACAUGCCACGCUAUGGCAAGAAGACUAUGUUUUGUGUCGGCUGUGCCUGCGUCGGUGCAUAUGUUGCCUAUCAAUAUUGGAGAAGAAGAGAACUUAAGUCGAUUGACGAAGGUUUUGAAGAAGUUUCCAAGAUUGAUGACAGCAACGAGAGAAGGGUACUCCUAUUGGGUUUGGAUGGUGCAGGAAAGACCUCCGUAAUGAAUCAAGCAAUUGCAGCUGCUAAUGGGACUUCGUACAUUGUUCCUACAGCUUCGACUCAUGGUUUCCGUGUCUUUAGAUUACAGAAUGGACCCUAUGUCUUUGAUAUUUGGGAAAUUGGGGGUGCAGAGGAUACAAGAAAAUAUUGGAGUCACUUUCUUCAAGACACAGAUCUUUUGGUAUUUAUGGUGGAUGCAUCUGAUACAAACAAACUAUCAGUUGCGGUUUCUGCACUAAAGCAGCUGUUGGGAGAUUCUAGAAUGGAUACUGUACCGAUUUUGGUGAUUGCAAAUAAGCAGGACUCUCCAAAUGCUUUGAGACCUGAUCAGGUCAAAGAAGCACUUGACUUACGUAGUAUUCCUGCCAAUAAGCACAAGAUUGAAGUGAUUGGUUGUCAGACUCGUCCAUUACCAGAAGUUUCACAGGAUGUGAACGAGCACAGUUGGCAUCAUCCUUCAGUGGACGUUGUAAGGAAGAAAAUAUUCGCGAUGGCUGUUUCAUCCUAAGCUAGCACUAAUAUUUAAUAGGGUUUGACCCCACCAGAGAGGACAGAGGAUAUUCCACUAAUAUAUUGUGAAAAGGAUGAAAGAAUUAUUAAGUGAAUUAUUGGUAUUCUUUGUAAGGCAAUAAAAUCGAGGAUAACGAUAGAGAAGAAAUAUUUCCAGAAAACUCGUGAAAAUUGUGCAUGAAAAAUUUAUUACACCUUUUUAAAACACUAGAUUUAUUAACAUUAUCGAAUAAGGCAGAGUAAUCCAGUUGAAACAUGAAUGUCGUCUGUUAUACUGUUGAGUUGCUGUCAUUUUUUUUUAAUUUUUCCCUUUUUUUUUUAAUAACCAGUAUUACUCUAUUUUCUACUAUUUUAUAAGCAUUACGGAUAUAUCGCCAAGAAUAGAUUUUUUUAUCUCAACGCAAACCUGUGGAGUGUAUUUUAGCAAAUACCUGUAUAUUAAAGUACGGCUGUAAAAUUCUUUGCAAGCCUCAAACGGACAGUACAAUUUAAUUGUUUCCCUCUAUGGUAAUGUGUAAAUUUAGAAAAUGGUGCCAUAUCAGUGUAAUGUUACUAUUCCGAUACAUUAAAAUUUCUUUAAAAAGUUA